CAGUUGUUUUGAUUGUGUUGUUUGUUCUCGUUCCGCUGGUUAUCGUUUCUGUUUCGCUUGCUUGCUCAAGUGAACUUGUAAAUCAUUUGUAAAUUCAAUUAAAUCGUACCUGAACACACUUUUUGUUUUACAGAAGUUAUGAAUUAUUGACUGAUUUAAUUAGCUAUAUUCCUAUAAUGGAUCAAUCAGCAAAACAUUCUGAUGUCACUAUGAAGGAAGAUGAAAUAAAAUAUCUCCUGCACCUUCUAGAUGGCCUCACUGAAGAAAUAUUAGAGGAAUUUCUUCAGGCAUAUUAUGAUAUUGAAGAAGGGAAAAGUUGUGAAGGUCUAUCUGAAGAGGUACUCAAUUUCUUGAGACAAAAUCUUAAAAACAAUCCAGUAACCACCUCUAACAUUCUGACAUAUUUCAAGAAUAACUUAAAAAAUAAUUCUGAUAAAACAAAAAUUCUGGACCUAUACUUGGAAUCAUUAGAUAAUGAAUUAACAAACACUAACAGCGUUGACAAAUUAGUUAGCCUUAUCACAUUGAUGAAAUUAGAUGAUGAUUCUGUGCCGCAAUUCAAAGAAAUGGUUCUGAAACAUGUUUUUGGGGAACCAUUUAGACAACACUGGAAGCAAAUCCUUAUGAGUCUGAUGCCACAAGAGAGACCGGAACUGCUGAAAGUUGCUACAGAGUUGCUCCACAUAUGUGAGUCUCAGAAACCAUUCAAGUUGACCCCUGAGUAUAUGCUUGAACUAUGCUACCAGGAGCGUACACACUGGCUUCUGGAGGCCGCACAGGUCUACAAGCUGCAGCUGCUCGACAUGAAGAAUGUCACAUUCAAAAUAAACAACUUCACUAAACAGAUCCUUAUCAUGGUUCUGAUAGAACUAACCAAUAGCCCAGAAACAUAUGACUUGCCUUCCUUGAUACAUCAGUUGACAAAUAUAUUUUCAAUACUUGAAACAUACUCAACAAAUGAUGAACAACUGCAAUAUUAUAUGACAGAGGUCAGGAGAGAGCUGGCCAUAAUAAAAUUUUGUUUGGAAAACAACUGUAAAAUUAUGACAACAUCUGUAUUUAGCCAGAUAUUAACCCAGAGUGCUUUGGCUGUAAUAUCACAGCUGUGUAGGUUAUCAAAAGUAGACCGGUAUAAAGUAUCAAGACUGUUGAAUUCAAACAAUGACACACUCAAUGAACUGGUCAGUCUGGUGAAAAAAGGUAACACAAAACUGAACCACAAGCACAGAAUUAACUGGGACAUCUUGACAUACAACAGUUACUGUGCAAUAACGAAAAUAAUUGACACUAUAAUGACAUCAUCUGAGGCAAAUAGUGAUCGGCAAAAUGUAUCUCCAGCUUUAGAUGAAAUAAAGAGGUUGGUGCUAUCCAUCCAGCCUGUGCAGUACAGCAUAGAGGUCAUAGAAAACCUCUUCGCGUGUCUCUUCUUGAGGUACGAGUACUUCUCAUGUGAGGAGCACAGCCAGGACCUCCCUUGUGGCACUCACUCGGACUGUUCCUACUUCUACUCAAAGAAGCAGAGUAAAAAUCUGAAAAGAGCAAAGAGUUCGAGCGCCGGUUUCAUGUGCAACUCGUUGAUAACGCAAGUCAUCCUGAACACACUGAAGCUGUGCUUGGAGUCGAUAGAGGAGAAGUUGAGUGACGAGACGGUGGACGCGGCGGUGAUGACGAAGUUCAAGCACCUGGUGAAGGUGGUGAGCCACGCGCUGUGGAAGCUGCAGCUGGUGUCCACGCUCUCACCGGACACCAGCCAGCUGCCGCUCAAGCUAUGCCUCGACUACGUGGACGCGGUCGACAGCAGCGGGGACGACGAACAGGAAACGGAAGUCAAGACUUUCCGGAAGAAAACCAGGUCGAAGAGAAAAGGCGCGAACCCGAAAUCUAGCUCCACCGGCGACCAAGUGAUGUUGACCUCCACUAUCUCGGCUAACGGGGAUGGUUACGUGACCACUCAGGGGACCACCAUAGACUUCAUAUCUCUGAUGCUGGCGAAGCCGAACUGCCUGGUCGCGCUGGCGCUUUACCACAACGACUUCUCGAAGGCCAACCAGAUUAUUGAGAUGUUCGACCUAGCGGAUGCGGAAAUCGCUACAGAAGUUACAUUCACAGAACAACUACGCCAUCUAGUAGCGAAAAUAAAGAACAUAAUUUACUACAAAGACGACACUCGGUACCCGGCCAAAGAGCUUUCCAAGCUUUCAGUGGUGUCGACUGAAGUCAUGGGCUUGGUCGAAGGGUUCCUCGCGUCAAACCGAUCUCCAAACUCGUUCGAUAUUCACGAGCUGGCCACCAGGCACCCGCACCUGCAGCUCUACAGCCACCAGAACGCGCCCUUCAUGAAUGCCGUGGACAUCCUACUGAGCAGUGGCCUCAACAGAGAAAUCACCUACGGCCUCAUCAAUGUCGUCGAAAGAAAGCUAGCGGAAGUACGAACCUCAACAGAUGUCACUGUCGUUAAGAAAACAAACUACAUCCGGUUUGUUGAAGACAUCGCCAGUGUUACGUUCGAAAUAUUCGGCAACACCGAAAAAGCGUUCGACUUCGUCAACAACAUUUGCGGGUUGAUCACAGAUUGCCGGAUCCCCAUCAAACACAAGGAGUUCUGUAAAUUGAAUCAACUCUCUAAAGAGAUGAGAAAAUGCUGUGACGACCUCUCCGAUAUAGUGAACGCCAAAGAAACAACUGAAAUAGACGCUAAUCUACUUCAGAAGUAUCAUCAGAUAUACAUGAACGUAGUGGCCGCGUCAGACAAAGACCUCUGCAAUGUGGGCGAGGUCUGCAAUCAGGGAAACAAGAAGACGAGAACACAUUACCUGAGAAUGUGCUACAUGUACUGCAAGACUGUAGCUCAGUUAGAAAUGAGCGAUAACAAAUCGAGUGACUCCAACAACGACACCCCAUACUUCGCCAUCUUGGAGAAGCAUCUGCACGACAUAUUCGGCAACAUGAUCAAUAACAAGGAGAUGCCGGUGACGGCGCUGGAGCCUAUCUGCAGGAAACUCAACGUCAACUUGAUACCGAAACUCAUCCUGAACUUCUGUCCUCCUAUUCCUCUCGGGAACGCCCAUAAAGAAGCUUCGGAAGCGAACUUCAACAACUUGCUGCAAGCGGUGUAUGAGUUUAAGAACACAGAGGAGAAUUUGUUCGUGGAGCCGGUAGCGAGCCUGGCGCCGCCGCCGCGCGCGCCCGACGCUCAGUGCCUCACCUACAUCGUGAUGCACAACUGGGUCCUUGCUCAUAUAAUCAAGAAGAUCCACUCGCCGCCUGGCGACGCCCUGACGCAAAGCACCGACGCACGGACUAAAUACAUCAAUAAUUAUAUGGAGCUGGAAAGAUUCAACUAUCUGAAAGUCUUGUUCGACAAUAACAAGUAUCUGGCGUCGCUACACACGACCAUCGACUUGGAUGAGCUGUUCCAGUACAUGCCCAAGUUGAUCGAGUCCGGGAAAUUACUGAAAUGUCUGAAUAUUAUAGAUGCUUUGUCGGAGCAACAGCUGAAUUCAAGCGCAAACCUGAAAAACUUGAGAGACUUGAUUUUGUUAAAGCUGGCUAUUAACCCGAGAAUUGAGAACAACUGGAAGUACUGCGAGCAUCUGAAGUGUCCCGAGUUGAAAGUGGACUUGAUACUGAACAACCUGUGCUGUUGGCCGCCAGAGGGCGCCAUGGAGGUGCUCGAUUAUUUGCGCUUUCUGCUGGAUGAUGUCGUGUUGGAUGACGGACUGUUCGACAAGUGCACGGGCUGGAUGGCCAAGAUCCCGCUUUAUGACCAGAUUGCACCAAUAAUGGGUGUAAAUCACUGGUACAAAAUCUAUGAAAAGUCUAUGGAGUGUCCAGAGGAGAUAAUCGAAGCCUUAAUGGAUAGCCAACAGUUCAAGCUGUGCCUGGAGUGGGCGGACGUGCACGAGGUGUCCGACAACAUGAAGUGCCUGAUCAUCGUGAGCCUCCUCCGUCAGCUGUUCGAGUACCCGGCGCAGGCCACGCCCCUUCUCGUGCGCACGCUUCUUACCCGCCUCCCAGUGUCUCAGGCUGUAGACUUCGUGCACGACGAAAUGAACAAAGUCAGAAACGUCGAGAUCCUACAAGUCUGCGUUGACUUCAUAUCCGAAAACUCCUCUGACUACAAAGCGUUCGAAAACAUCAAAAUUGGCCUCCUGAUUAUGCUCGAAAUAGAUCCGAAUCUGAGGCCGCUGUUCUGGGAGCUGAUUGAGAAGCCGCUGCUGAUGCUCGAGCAGUUCCUCAUGAACGCUAAGCUGGAGGCGCUCACGACCAUCAUCAACAAGAUAGUUCCACAUCUAAAGAAAGACCCGUCCGGCGAUAAUCUUUACUACAACAUCAAAUCGAUAGAAAGCGUAAUAAUAUCGCGGAACGCCGUGGACGCUCUGCUGAGGUUCUAUGCCGAAAAAGCGUUAGACAUGAAGAAUCCUCGGAACAAUUAUACUCCGCCGCCGAGGCCGUCAGACGAGUCGCUUCUACAGUCCAUAGACUCGAUAAACAUAGAGGCUUCGGCUAAGCCGUUUAUAAUGCCGGAGCAAGUUCCCAGCAAGGAGCAGUGGGUGGGAGACUAUUCUGCAGACAAGUGCAUGUUGUGCCACACGUCUAUCUUCUCUAUGAUCAUCAGGAGGCACCACUGCCGGCGCUGCGGGCGGCUCAUUUGCCACGCGUGCUCUAGACAUCGGAUGCAGGUGCCAACAUACCCGAGCGGCGUCAAGUUCCGUGUGUGCGACGACUGUUUCACACAAACAUUGAACAAGCGUCCGUCCUCCGACGCAGACAACAUAAUGAUCAGCAGUAACUCGGAGUCUCUGGGCAGCGGAGUCACUUGUAUGGACUGGUGCUUGUCGACGAACGCUAAAAGAAAUGAGGCGGUGCGAAAUGAGUUCAGCUACGAAUUCACGCCCAACGUGACGCUUUGCCUGUCCGUUAUGAAGAUGCACUCGAUCAAUUUGGAUUACCCGAGAUUCCUACUAGACCGCAGCGACGAGGUGGCGCGCGAGGUGCCGGCGGGCGGCGACGCGCGCAUGCUGGUGCGGGCGCGGCGGUCGCUGCUGCUGGCGGCGGCCGAGCUGUACUCGAGGACGCCGCAUGAGAAGGGCGCGGAGGGCGCGGCGGCGGCGCGGGUGGCGGAGGCGGGCGCGCUGCACGCGUCGCGCUGUCUCGCUCACGCCGACGCGAUGGCCACGCUCGUCACUCACGCCGCGCAGCAACUGUUGCCUCAGCAGGGGAUACAUCCUAGCCACAUAGUCCGCUCUCUUCUCGAGGCGGAGAAGUGGGAGUUGGCCCUGGAGAUCGCGACGAAGGCGGGGCUGGGGCGGGGCGGCGUGCUGGCGGCGUGGGGCAAGGCCGCCCUGCGCGCCGGCUGCUACAGGCUUGCGCGGGACAAGUUCGCACUCUGCUUCAAGAAUACGCCGCAGUUGAACCUGUGCACCGAGGUGACGGAGGAGUGCGAGUACGGGCGGGAAGCUUCGGAAGUCACCUCGCCGUUUGUUAAUAGAAGACUGCACAGCCUGCGCUACUCGGAGCGCUCGACGUCGGGCUCGAGCCAGCAGUCGGACGGCCGGCAGCGCGCCUCCCCGCCGCUGCUGAGCGAGAUCGUGGCGCUGCUCGAGGACAUGAACUACCCCGUCAACCAACACCUGCUGGCUAGGGCUGACACUAUCAAGUCGACCAACGAAAAGCUGACGACAAUGAACACGGGAAAAAAGAAAAUAACUCUCACAGAGCCCGCCCUGAACAUUAUGCACACCCUGGCCAGUGUCAAAAAGAUCAAGCAGGGAGACUACAGCGACUUCCAGACAGCCACCGUGCAGCCCAAGAAGAGCCUAGCACAGGGCCUGUUGCGUAGGAACAACAACCACCCCGAACCAAAAGUUGACCAUCAGAAUAAGAAACUGGACCCGUUCUUCUACAAAGAAUGCGUGUAUUACCUCAGCAACUAUGGGUCGCAUGUGGCGAAUAUAGCGUUCUACAUGAAACACAGCAGUUUGGCGGAGGUGCUCAAGUACUGUUAUGAUAAUCUGGUGGACAGAGAGACCUUCACUGACUCCGUGUACAUGGAGUGCUUGAAGAAGGACAAAGUGAACGAGCUCAUGAAAGUCAUGAGCGAUAUGGACGCCAGUUUGGAGACUUGGGGCGAGUACAUAACCCACAUAUGCCGCACACUCGAAACAAGCGGGCGUCUCGACGCGCUAUACGGCGUACAAUGCGCCUCCCACCAACACGCGCGCGCCGCCGCGACCUGCGCUCGGGCCUACGCGCGCCCCGUGCCGCGGGGGGCGCCGUUCCAGGCGCUGCUGGCGAGAAACCAUAGGUUGGCGUCAGCGCUGCAUCAUCUGUCGCAUUGCGUGCCUACUACUAACAAAUCAAAUGAAUCCAAAUCCUUCCACCUGUUCCUGGACAAAGCCACCAUAGACAAGCACAUGACGACGAUAUCUCGACAAAUAGAGCUGGCCAAGUUUCUCGCGGCUUGCGAAGCCAACAACCGAGUGCCUGAGAAAUUAGUCAACGAAGUGAUACCGCUACCGAUGGAGGAACCAAAGAGUAAAGACAUACGGCCUCUGACGCUGUUCGGGUCGAAUACGGAUAGGAUACGGCUAGUGGCGAUCGUGCUGGUGGCUGGGCAGUCCGUUGAAGAAGGAUUCGGUUUAGCUUUUAGAAUAAUAACGGAGAACAAGCUGGACUCGAUGAGCGUGUACACGCACGUGGCACGCUACCUCGUGCACGCGGACCGGUUCACCGACGUGAAGCAGCUCGCGCGGUGCAUUAGAGCUUCCAAGGAGACUGCUGCUAACCUUAUGAGCGACCAGGUGCUGGAGACGGGCGUGUCGGCCGUGGUGGCGCGCUGCGACGCGCGCGGGCAGCUGCACGACGAGCAGGCCGAGAUACUCAUCGAGGACGUGCACAGCAUCAGCAUCAAGAUCUCAUGUUACCUGGUGUGCCGCAUCCUGACCACGGCGUACAUCCUGGCGGCGCGGCACGACCGCGGCAACGACCUGCGCCGCGUGUUGCACGAGGCAGAGCGCCUCGGCCACGACCAGAUCCGCAGCGCCUGCCUCAAGCGACUCACCACCAAGAAUGUCAACCUGUAGAAUUGCCCCGAAAUUCAGAGAGCUUUUUGACACUUUACAAUAGGUUUAAAAUGGAUGUUCUGAUUUGGUUCUGAUAUACCUACGAAUUUCAACUUUUUGACUUACGUGAAGAGUCGAAAUUCAUGUGUUUCCAAGUCAAUUUUAACCUUGUUGUCAAUUUAAAAUACGGUCUAUGAAUUUGAGCGUUGGGCUACAGUCGACAAAGUAAAAGCUGCUAACGUCAUGUCCAUCGGUACAUACAUAAUUCAUAAGCUCUACACGGUUACGAUUGUCACUCUCAUGACAAAACUAGCUGUUUUUACGCCAUGUAUAUUUUUGGAUCUAUCUAAAGAGAUAAGACGCUGCGUUACCAGAAUGAAAACUAUUGUACGCGGUACGCGUAACUGGCUAACAAUUUGCCUACUGGGAAUGUGGUAGGUAGCUAAUGCUUUUAAAUCUAUAUCCUAUAGGUACCCUUUGUGAUAUUAAUAAAUGUAGGUAUUAAGAGUAUCAAUAUAGUUUGACUAAGAUCUUUGGCGCUAAACUAGUCAAGUUAAAUUAAUGUGGU